GACAGCCAAGGUACUGAUCAACUGGUUCAGUUCGGGUGGAGUCUUAGUAAGAAUAUCCCCUCCUGGGCACAAAGACUCAAUCACCCUCUAGCUUUCCGGAGAGAGAGCACUGUAGAAGUUCCCCACGGUGAAUGCAUCACUGAACCCAUGAUGGGGGCACUGCCAGAAAAACCCGGAGUAUCGCUCCCAUGCAUCACGAAGUGACUCAUCUAGCUCUUGGCGGAAGUGAGUGAUCUCCCGCUGAAUCUCUGCAGUCUUCGAUGCUGGAUAGUACCUGUGCACGAACUUGUCGGCAAGAUUGUCCCAAGAUAUGAUGGACAAUGGGGGCUGAAUCUCUAGCCAUCACUUUGCAUGCCCCGCCAGAGAAUCGGGGAAGAGGUGAAGGCGGAUUGCAUCAUCAGGGACACCGUUCAUCUUGAACCCGUUCGUCAGCUGCAGGAAACGGGAAAGAUGCACCCUUGCCUCCUCAUCCUUCAAGCCAUGAAACUGGAUAGAGGAUGUAAUGAGUUGAAUCCAACAUGGCUUAAUCUCAAAGUUGUUCGCUGGAAUGGGCGGGUAGAGGAUGACAGGGCGGAUAUCAGCAACCCGUGGAGUGUAGUAGUACUCCAAGGUGGGACCCAGCUGCGGUGGUGGUUGAUGCUGAACCCCAUCUGCCUGGGGUAUUGGGUUGUUCCCCAGGAUCUGGUUCACUGGGGGAACCUGGAGAGGUAUCCCCUAUGGCGGGCUAUGGUCUCCUUCCAUCUCGUACUCUUCCUCAGAAUCGCUGCUCAAGUGGCCGUCUAUGCGCUCCUCCGUAGCCAGUCUAGCUAGCUGUUGUCUCCUAAGUUGGCGACAGGUGCGUUCAAGCUCCGGAUCCAACGACAGUAAACCUCCUGACUAGCUACGAGUCAUGAACUACCUGCACACAGUCAAGCAACAAACCUAUGAAGGCACAAGUGUGACAAAGCAAACAAUGCUAAAAAGAAAAGCUAAAUUAACAGAAUUCACGUUUCUUACACAACCUAGCCGUCCCCGGCAACGGCGCCAAAAACUUGACUCGCUCUUACCGUUACUCUAGAAAAUGGCCAAGUGUAACCACUUCCUAAAGCGUAGUAUAGCGGGUUUGGGUUUUAAUGUUAACCCGGGUCCUAGAUGCGAUGACUACUCUGUGAGUUCUUAUUAUCUAGCAGUGAAACUUUAGUGAAGAUCCAAACAAGCAAACAAGCAAAACAAGUAAAAAGGUUGUGUUCAA